GAAAAUGGUUUUUUUUCCCCAACGGAAAAAGAAAAAAAUAACUAUUUGAUUUGAUCUCAGAAUCAAAAGGCGAGAGAAGCGAGGAAGAAAAGGGUGAGACCUGUCGAAUUUGGACUGUUUGGUUUAUUCGUUAAAAGAUAGGUUUGAGUGUUCCGGAGUAUUUUUGCUUCAUUUUUUAGUUUUCAGUGUGUGCGAAUCUUUUUAUUCUUUUGUUUUCUGUAAGCGAAGAUGGUGAACACUAUGGUGGAGAGAGCUACGAGUGACUUGCUGAUCGGGCCAGAUUGGGCUCGGAAUAUCGAGAUAUGCGACAUGCUUAAUCACGACCCUGGGCAAGCAAAAGAUGUCGUGAAAGGUAUAAAAAAGAAGCUUGGAAGUAGAAAUCCUAAAGUUCAACUUCUUGCACUAACUCUGCUAGAAACUAUCAUAAAAAACUGCGGGGACAUUGUCCAUAUGCAUGUUGCAGAGAAAGGUGUUCUUCAUGAGAUGGUUAGAAUAGUCAAGAAGAAGCCUGACAUCAAUGUUAAAGAGAAGAUAUUGACUCUGAUUGACACUUGGCAAGAAGCUUUUGGAGGUGCAAGGGCAAGAUAUCCACAAUAUUAUGUUGCAUACCAAGAGUUAUUGCAUCUUGGGGCAGUAUUCCCACCAAGAUCUGAGAGGUCUGCACCUGUACUUACUCCUCCUCAAACACAACCUUUGUCUUCUUAUCGUCCAAAUAUGCGCAAUUCUGAUCAGCAAGACACAGCUGGGUCUUCUGCAGAGUCAGAGGUUCCAACCCUGAGUUUGACAGAAAUUCAGAAUGUGCGGGGUAUUAUGGAUGUCCUUGCAGAAAUGCUAAAUGCAAUAGAUCCAGGAAACAAUGAGGGACUUAGGCAGGAGGUGAUUGUUGACUUGGUGGAGCAGUGUCGGAAUUACAAACAAAGAGUUGUACAUCUUGUUAAUUCAACAUCAGAUGAGUCGCUUCUAUGUCAAGGUUUAGCAUUGAAUGAUGAUUUGCAGCGCUUACUAGCACGACAUGAAGCAAUAGCUUCAGGAACUUCCUCUCAAGAAAUCAAGCCUAAGCCUGAACCUGCAAAAGAACCUGCGAAUGUUAAUGGUCCACUAAUUGAUACUGGAGACAGUAGCAAGCAGUCUGAGGGCAGGUCCACUUCAAGCACCGUUGAAAAUUCACCAUUUAAUCAGUUACUGCUUCCUGUUCCUCCUGCAACUAAUGGUUCAACUCCUCCACCAGCUGUCAGUCCCAAAAUGGACUUGCUUAGUGGCGACGACUUCAAUUCACCAAAGGCAGAUAAUUCGCUUGCCCUUGUUUCUUUGGGAGAACCACAACAAGCAACUCCUGCAUCACAGGAGAAUGCCCUCGUUCUCUUCGACAUGUUCUCCGAUGGUAGCAACACCUCCAAUGCCGUUAACACCCAGCCAUCAUAUUUGGCCGGACAAACCAACCCUUGGACUCCUCAAAUUCAGCAGCAGCAGCAGAAUUUUCAUGCGAAUGGAACUGCACCAAACAUGGGAUCACCACAAUAUGAGCAGCCAUAUGCUCAAGGCACAGUUCCUGCCUGGAAUGGUCAACUGGUUCAGCAGCAGCAGCAGCCCCCCUCACCCCUCAAUGGUGCCCAGAGCAGUGGCUCACUUCCGCUGCCACCUUGGGAAGCACAAGCAGCAGACUCUUCCCCGCUUGCAGGUGCUCAGCAUCCCCAGUCACUGGGUACUCAUGGACCUCAGCAUAUGGGAAGUGAUCAGAUGGCCAGUAUGUACAUUCAGCCAAUCACAACUGGUCAUUUAUCGACGAUUACCAACCACGUGGCUCCAGGAAACCAGUUUGUCGGCUAUCAGCCACAGCCGAUCCAGGGGCAGCAUAUGGGCAUGCUUCCACGGCAAAUGACAACUGGCCAGAUGAGUUCAAUGUAUCCUCAGCAAAUGCCGGCGGGUCAGAUGGGUUCAAUGUAUCCUCAGCAAAUGCUGGCGGGUCAGAUGGGUUCAAUUUAUCCACAGCAAAUGCCAGCUGGCCAGAUGGGUUCGAUGUAUCCUCAGCAGAUUUAUGGCAACCAAAUGGGAGCGUAUGGCUAUGGUCAGCAACCGUAUCUCGAUCAGCAAAUGUAUGGGCUAUCCAUCAGAGAUGACAGUGCCUUGAGAAACUCUUCUUACCAGGUCCCCACUCCAUCGAAUGUUCCGCCGAGUAAGCCUUCGAAACCCGAGGAUAAGCUGUUUGGAGACCUUGUUAACAUGGCGAAAAUUAAAUCAACAAAACCCACCCCGGGAAGAGCUGGAAGCAUGUAAACCUGGAUUUAGUUUUUACAUACCUUUUUGGUGGCUAACUUGUUUUUUCUCUUUUCCCAUUUUCUUAAAUAUUUUUCAUAUUCCUCUAUGUUUUUCUCUGUAGAGAAAAUGGAAAGAUCACACUUAGGUUGAGUUUUUAUAGUUUCGAUUCUCUCGUUUUCCGGCAACACUUUAUUUUUCGAUUACAAUAAUAAAAUGUAUAUGCCGAAUUUCUUUCGAGUUAUGAG